AUGGCCCCGAAGAAGAAGGAAGAGCCGAAACCUGCACCAGUCGUAAAGCCCCCUGAGCCCGAGCGCCCGAAGACCCCACCCUUUGACCCCACGACAGUGACGCGGACCACCCGCACCAUUGCUCUGAGGGCAAAUGGAUCAGCAGCAUCUAACCGCCUUAUUUGCUUUGUCUCUUUUCAGCUGGAAUUCACCCCCGAGCAACUUGAGGAUUUCAAGGAUGCUUUCCAGCUGUUUGACAGGACACCAGCCAAUGAGAUGAAAAUCACUUACGCCCAGUGUGGGGACCUGAUUCGGGCUUUGGGCCAGAAUCCUACCAACAUUGAGAUCAUGCAUGUCCUCGGCAGGCCCAAACCUGAAGAAAUGCAGACCAAGAUGCUUGACUUUGACCAGUUUCUGCCCAUGCACCAGUACAUCUGCAAGGCCAAGGACCGCGGAACAUAUGAGGACUUUGUGGAGGGUCUGAGGGUAUUCGACAAGGAGGGGAACGGCACAGUCAUGGGUGCUGAGCUCAGGCACGUUCUGGCAACACUGGGUGAGAAGAUGAGGGAGGAUGAGGUGGAGCAGCUCAUGCAAAACCAGGAGGAUGCUAAUGGAUGCAUCAAUUAUGAAGCUUUUGUGAAAUACAUCAUGGCAUCUUAAUGAGGGAAACCAAGACCCUGAAUUAUUGACCGCAGAUCUUACGUUUCUGUAAAUCCCAUCUUGUAUAUUUCUCAUUUCCACAAAUCUCAGAUGGAUCUUUAACUCAUCCAUAUUUGACCUUGUUUUUCUAAGACUGCUUGUGUUGAUGAGUGUACACAUUGCAC